UCACACGAGGAUCGAAUCGAGCCCUCAGAGUAGACGAGUCUGCGCUUCCUGUCUCUCGCCUGCAUCGCCUGCGAGCCGGAUUUUCCUGUGACGCUGCUCGGACGCAAACCUGCUAUACGAUGGGUGUGGAAAAAGAAAAGUCAAGCGACGACAUUCAGGAACAGGCGACAACGCCAACGGCUCUGGCUCCAACACCGAAGCCCGCCACGACUGAUAAGGAUUGGUGGGGCGUCCCCCCUUCGUCGUGCGGUAAGGGUGCGUGGGAUGGUGAAAGGUUAACGCAACCGGAAUCCAGUCCUGGACCGCCCAAUCGCGCUGUCGUUGUACCGGUCCCAGAGGAAGAGGGGGGACACGAAGGGAGCGUGCGGGGUCUUUUGAAAAUCGGCUUCGGUUAUACCAUCACACGAAUAUCGGUGGCAGUUGCGCGCGCUCGCGAUUAUAGUACGGAGGUCUCGUUAGCCGGAGUUGUCAUCUCGAGAUUUUUCUCGACUCGAGCGAAUUUUUGAAAUCGCGCUCUUCUCACAGACGAUAUUUUUGAGGAGCAGUUAUAUCGGAAGAAAGAGUGAUUGUAUUACGAAGAAAGACAUUUGACUCUAAAAGAAGAAGAACGGGAGAUUUAGAGAAAAGAUAGAGAUAGCAAAAAAACAGAGUGUAUCAAGUGCGGAUUAUUCGCAUCAAACAUGGAAC